UUACUCAUUGUAGUGUGUUGCUGAGCAGCAGCCAGUCGCGUUAUUCCCCUCUCUCUCUCUUUCUCUCUCUCUCUCCCAUCCUCUCAUCUGACUCUCUUGUGCGCUCUCAGGCUCAGCAGACAGACGAGACCUCUCAUCUCUCGCACCUCUGCCUCUCUCUCUCUCUCUCUCUCUCUCUCUUUCUCUCGCUUGUUUUCCUUCCUUAUAUUGUCUCACUUUAUCUGUCAUUUGGACACUUCUUCCUCUACUUCUUCUUCCCCUCGCCCCCGGUACUUGGGGCAUUAUUGGGGGUCCUGGAGUUUCUUUAGUGCGUGCAUAUGUGUGCGUGAGUAAGUGUGAGUGAGUUGGAGGUUUCGGCAUGGAGGCAGUGGCACUUUAUACGUUUCGUGCCACUGAGGGCGAUGAACUCAGUUUCAACAAGGGAGAUAUGCUCAAGGUAAGGAAAAAAAUAAGAAUUUUACUGAUGUCUGCCUGUCUAUCCAUCUAUCCUCACCACACGUGCCUAAGUCGCUGCUUUUCUCUGUAAAUGACAAUAAUCGUUUCAUUUCAUUGUCAUACUUUUAUUUCAUUCAGUUAAUAUUUAAAACUUUCAAUACAAACAAGGAAAAAUCUCAAACAUGUGAAUGAAAAGGAGCAGAAAGAAGAAAACUUAUAGAGUCUGCCCCUCUUUCAUAAUAUAUUAAUCAACUAAAUACAUACUUAAAAAAAAAAAUAAACAAGAGCUGCAGGCCAACAUGUUUUUUUACAGUUCAUUAUUUCUUAUGAUCAAAAACAACCCAAAAAAUGAACAGAAAAGACCACGUUAAAUGACAUUUUUUCACAAAACAAACAUACCUAGACUUAGAACAUAUUUCCCUGUAUUUACUCAACAUACUGGCUUUGACACUUUUUUUUAAAGAUAAAAUUUGAUUUAUCUUCUUCAGUCUCUUUGUUCAGAUUGUUCCACAGACUUAUUCUUCUCACUGUAACACAGCCCUCUUUCAGUUUAGUUCUGAAUCUUGUUUUUUUAUAAUUCAAAUCCUUUCAAAUUAGAACAAUUUUCUCUUUUUAGUAAUUCGGCUCUGGAUGUUGACUGGUGAAAUUUUCCUCUGAGCUUUAUACAUAAUCUGCAACAUACUGAAAUCCACUUACUCAUUGAAUUUCAACAACAGCAAUUUAACAAUGGGUUUGAAGGAUCUCUGUAUUGACUUCUACUAAUAAUUCAUAUUGAGCUUUUGGCUGGAUGGAAGUUUUGCAUGCACUUCCCCACACUUCAACACAGUAGGUCAGAAUCGUAACUUUGGUCUCUGGACAUUAGCUGACCUCUCACCUCUGAAUGUUGUCUAAUAGAGAAAGAGUAGAACAGAAAAACAAACCUAGAAAGAUGAUUUGACUUUUACUGGCUGUGAAAAUAAAUAUUUUGAUUGAGAUGGUGGUGGGGUGUAAAAAAAAUACACAGUAUUUAAAUUCAUAAGCUAACCAUUUACAGCCAUUUUUCUCCAAUGGACCACUGCACCCAAAAAGGAAACGUAGAUUCUUUGAAUACAAAAGCUGACAUUUUGGAAAAAGGUUUUACUUCUGACUAGUUUAAAUACUGAACAAUGCUGCCAAAAGAGCAAGUGACCAACAACUUCCCAAAGAUAGUCUUUAACUUAGAAAAAAUGAUAACAAAGGUUGACAGGUAGCCUGCUUUACCCCAAGCUGGCAAAUUUGCAUUAGCACAAGUAGCCUACUGUUAACAGUAUGUUUUUUUUAGAUAGGCUGCUCUGUCCCAACAUUUGUAUGAUAAGAUGUAAUUGGAAAUUUCCAGAGAAAAAAAUACACACACAAACACGUACCUAAUUUUAGUAAUGUGAAGAUUAAAACCUUGGCUAUGUCAUUCCUGUACUCUGAACAUGUAGUAAGAGCUUGUAGCUGGUUGGCUUCGCCAGAAAGAAAAACUUCCCAGGGGGGAAAACAAUCAAAGAGCCAAGUCAAGCUGCAUAUUCACAUAUGAUUUUCAUUUUUAACGGCAAGGACAAGCUUGAAAUUUUAGUAAACAUACUCUUUCCCUUUUUCGGUUGAUGUUAAAAUUGUUACAGUUCCUUAUUCUGUAGACUGAGAAGCUAGCUAGCUUGUGAUGCAUUUUAUUGAGCCAGGAAGUCAAAAGUUGCAGCCAGGUAUGAUUGUGCGUUUGAGUUUCCUUGGAAGUCAGAAGUCCAAGUUGAAAAUGAUGUCACACCCGAGUUACCUGCAUUUCAGUUACCAAGUCAGAAAAAAGCUCAAUCGGAGGAUGGAAACAAGAUGGCUAAGAUAGCAUAACAUCACAGCCAGUUGAAGUUGGAGGGGUUUUAGGUACAAGCUGCAAACUUGUUUGGUUAUUUGCUUUUGUUUUUGUCAACAUUGCUAACUAAAACACGUGGAUAACAACACACUCUAUAAUAGUUUGCAGGCAAAAGCAAGACAGCAAUACGCCUACAGAUGAAAAUUGCACAAAACAAUUGAUCCGAUAGAUUUUAUGACACCAAACAAGAUUGAGUUGCAUAUUAACGUUGUUAAAAGUAAAGCUAUUUAAGUGUUGAUGCAGGGAGUUUGGGUCAGUAAAGUUGCUGUGCGUAUUGAACAGCUUAAGAGGGUUUUCUAACUGGUGGAUGCCAGACAGUCAUCUUGUACCUCGGACAUCUAAGAAACCAGUAAUAAACUUACCUACUGUAGCUUGGUGUAGCACAAUGACCCAGACAGAAGGGUCAAACAGCUGCAGGCUCUGUCCAGAUGUACAAAAUCUGGCUAUUAGCAGGAGUUGGAAACCCUUUUUACAGAAAAAAGACACUUUUAGGUGCUGUUAUGGGAACAAAAAAGGCAUAUGAAUGACAUUUUAAAACCCUUUUUAUUCUUGUUUAAAUGAAGAUUAAGACGAUAAUUAUGUGUGUGCUUAGCAUGACACAGGAGCCAGUAACCUCAUGGCAUAGCUUAUAAUGAAUACAAGAACACAGUUAACCACUAGUCUGGCUUCAUCCAAAGCCAACAAAUCCCACAAAUCAGCUCGAUGAAAUAUGAAUUUACACCACAUGUAUAUACAGUAAUUUGACUCAGAAUUUCUGUUUAAUUUAAUACCAUAAUUCGCUUUCUAUACGCCAAGGAAAGUACCUUCUUGUUUUUUGGCCUGGAAAUAGGUUUGGCGUAAAAUGAUCAAAAACGUGGAUAAGCCUACCUCUACACUUCAUCAUGGCACUGUCCCUGAUUUUCUAAUCAUAAUAUUACAACCUGAAGCUCAUGAUCAGCUGUACUGCUGCUUUUAGCACACUGCUCACAACAUUACUACUGCCCAAAAAUAAUCACAAUAGUUACACAGCCUUGCCAAGAGAGGUGAUUAUUUCUUUGUAGUAGUGUUAUCCUCACUAUAUUCUGCAUAACAACCAUUUGAAGUGCAGCUUCUUUUUCCUAACAGGCCCAAUGAAGUGUAGAGGUACUCGCUGCACAGCUGGAGGUCAUCGUAGCAGAAAAUUGACGAGAACAUCAGCAUUACAUCUAAAAAAGGAAUAGAAAGCUUUUCUUGAGAAUUACACUAACUCACCAGCUGUAAUGUUCAUAAAGUGAGCAAACAAAUUCAUGGCAGGAGGUGUAAUUAGAUCAAUAUCUACAUUGGAUCUAGUCCCAGUAGAUCUCAUUGCAAUGCUUUUGCAAGACUGUUUCUUCCAGGGGCGGCUUUAAUUCUUUAUUUAUCCACAAAAAAUUUAUACCAUCAUUUUUAUAGCGGUAGGACAGACAUUACAUACACGUUCAAAGCAUUUAUUUGUCUUUUCCUGAAAGGUAUUCUGGGAAAUGUCUUGAUAAAUCAGGCAGAAGAAUAGGCAGGCAAAGGGCAGCUCCUUAUCACAAAAUAACCCUUGACAUUACACAUGAGAGAAUAAUAUUGUGUGAGGGUGGAGAAUUUACCUUUCAUUUAGGCAGUUGGCUGCUUUAUUAUUCAUCUCAGACGGACGCUGUUCCAAUAUUAGACGACACAUGAAUGCGGCUUCUCAUUUCUGCUGUCUGUAAAGAAAUUUAUCUCGAGUAGAGAGUCAGCGUGCGAAGAGGCAAAAUAAGGUGCCAUUUAGUAUUGCUGCUGCGUCAGUACAUUGUCACAAUAAGUAAAUAAGAUUCAAUUUUAUUGCAGUAUUUCUAAGCAAACAACACUUAAAGGUCUUUAAACAGUUGUGAUAUGAGAUUUUUUAAAAUCUUAGUAACUUAAGAGUCCCAUGUCCUUUCACUACUGUGCUGUUGCUAAUUUAGUAUCCAUUAACUGUUCUUAACCACACCUUUCUAGCUAAAUGCUUCUAUUUCCUUCACUCUGCACUUGAUGGCAUUAUGGAUAAAAGCAGAUGGUGUUUUUUUUUGCAUCAUUAUUUUGGGGUUUAUGGUUUAUUUCUGUCCUUGCUGCGUGUGGAUAAGCAUCAAUCAGGCAAAGUGGAGGAGUAGAAGUGAUAAAUGCGGCUUUCUGGUUAGAGAAAACAGCACAGACGCUCUGCUUACUAGCUGUUGUUUGAGAAUGCAGCCAAAUCUGACACUGGGGACACCGAAACAGGAGCAGGGAAACUCACAAGUCUUUUGUUUCCAAAACACAUACACAUUAAAGCAAUAGUUUUGGACUCAAAUUGGAUUUGGAUUCUGUGUUCGAGUACUCCAUCCUUGGCAGCAGUAGAAUCAUAAGAAGUCUAUUUUUGUAGUCUAGUUUUUGGGUACAAUCUCACAACUCAGUGUUGAUAUGUGGACACAUUUUAUUCAUUUCACAUACAUAGAAUCAAUGAAAUAUUUGUAUUUGUUUAAGAAAAUACUGCAGUUUCUAGUCAUGUCUUUUUCUCUGUUUUGUCUUCAGUGUUCAAAAUCUUAGAAACAAGCUGUCUUAUUCAGAAGCAUCAAGGGGCAGGGUAUCAGAAUAGUGCAGAUGUCGGAUUUUUUGUGUUUUUCCUUGAUUCCCCAUUUUGGGAUUUGAGCUUACAGCAUGAUUAUUAAUUUAGGAGUCAUUAUGUAAUUGUUAAGAAGCUGAGUCAGUCACAGCCAAAUCAGUGGGGGUGCCUGUGGAUAAAUAUGCUAAAUAUACACAUCCUCAGCACACAGAAUGAGGGGAAAAAAAGAUAUUAUGCACAUAUUUUACUUGCAUUAGACUUGUGUAUUUUCCGCAAAGCAACGUGAACAAAGCACAUUGUUUUUUCCCAUGAUGCAGUGCUUUACCCCAUGAUUAAGAACUCAGUGAGCCUCUGUUUCUUGUAACGAAUAUACAGUAAAGCAGUUGUUUGCCUGGGGUAUUGAUGAGCAUGAAAAUGGUUUUUCAAAAGUGCAAAGUUACAGUCUUUGGAUGUUCGGUGUCUAUACUAGAUGUAUGCAAAGUUUCAAAUCAUGAGGUAAACGUAUGUUGAAUUCACACGAGAUUUCAAUGAGACUUGCUUACUAAUGAUGUCAUCUUUGUCACAGUAUCAUAAGUCUUGAAUGGUAUAUCAGACAGAGUUGCAUCAUAUGUUAUCAAAUGGGUCUGUGUAUUUUCCGUCUAUUCAAUUAUUCCAUUUAAUCUAGUAAAUGAAAAAACGAGUCAAUAUGUUGUUUAUUUGUUUUUCUAUAUAACCAAAAAAUAAAAGAUUAGUGUUUGUUUUCGUAUUUUCAAUUCAAAACAGAAUAUAUAAUGGAGAUGAUAUGACUGUAGAAAAAAUUACACUCAGAGCUCUGUUACAAUGUAAGAUUUUGGCGCUUGAACUGCUCUGUCGCAUCUUUCCCUAUGGUAACUGUUGCUGAGGAUCAUGGGAAGGCCAAUGUAGCCUCCAUGCAAGUAUGCUCAAAACAGGAGCACUCAAAAUCAAUAAUUGUAAAUAAGAUGUAUUAAUUCAUUUUCAUUUCCUCCUCUAUUAUAUAUUCUGUUUUGAGCUGAAAAUACGAAAACAAACACUAUUUUUUUAUUUUUUAGUUAUACAGAAAAAACAAAACACUGACUCAUUUUUCAUUUUUCAUUUACUAGAUUGAAUGGAAUAAUUGAAUGGACGGAUAAUACACAGACACAAAUCAAUGGUAUCAUUUCAAAUGGUGUUAUAUGAUGUAUUAUACAAUAGGACAUCUUAUUGUAUGAUAUGGCAUGGUACUGCAUCCUAUCUAACUGUAUGAUAUCGUAUCAUAUGUUGUGCAACUAUGUAUGAUCAUUUCAUAUUUAAUAGCACAUAUAGUUUGGAUUGUAAUGUAUGAUAUGGAAUGGUAUGCUACUGUAUCAUAUUGUAUUGUAUCGUAUCAUAGAUACUACAUAGUAUUGUUUCAUACCAUUUAGUGUUGUAUCUUAUUGGAUCGUUUUGUGUCAUAUCUUAUCUUUAUUGUAUUGUUAUUGUAUAAUAUAGUAUCGUAUCAACUGUACUGAAUCAUAUUGUAUUGUAUUGCAUCACAGUAUUGUAUUGUUUCAUACAAUGUAGAAUCGUUUCGUGUCGUAUCGUAUCGUUAUUGUAUAGUAUUGUAUCAACUGUACUGUAUCAUAUUGUACUGGAUAAAUAGAGUUGCAUAAGAAAAGGAAAAAAAGAUUAAAUUGAUGGCCAAGUAUUCACAACAAUAAACGUAUAUUUAAUGCAUAAUUUACAACAAUCAAGCAGCCCAACAUGUUGAAUUAAACCCCUUGCAACCAUACAAAAAUUCUUUUUAAAACACACUUGGUAUAACUUAGCUGACAUUGAACCCACCUACUUAUAAGGAGGUCAGCCAUUUAUCUGCAAAUGAUUGAUACCUUGACGGUAAAUCAUUGCAUAGUCUGGGACACAUUUUCUAUGCUUGUACCAAUGUGCACGGUAUAACCAUUAAAAUAGAUGGUGCAUGAAAUGAAGUUCCUAAAGGCAGAGAGGGUGCAGGACAAACUUUUCGGCAGAUGGGCAACAUCACUUCAGGGGCUUUUACAUCCGGCCCUGUACUGACAGGAUAUGUAUAUUUUACGAUGCAUGCGAGUUGUAUUUGUUAAAUAUAGCAACAAAAAAUGUUUUGUUUUGUUUUUGAAAAAAAAUUCUGACAAAACUGGGAAAACGAAGAGGGAUUGAACUAGGAAACCUUCAAGAAGUAAUGUAUUAGCACUUUGCUGGCCCUUGUGUAAGUAUGUGUGUAAUCACAAGAAGCUUUGUGUGGCAUUUUGAACUUGCCGUUGGAGGUUUGUGUGAGUUGAAGGCCCCGGUUCACACAAAGACAAAUGAGAGCCAGUGUAGCGGAUAAUAGAGGAAGAAGAGAGUGCGGGCGGGAAGAUUGAUAUACAGCAAGAGAGAGAGAAAUGAUGGUGGCCUUUCACCCGAUAGUAAUAGCCUGCGUCAACAUCAUUAUGGGUAAUAUUUCAUAUCUGUGUGUGUGUGUUCACUUCCAGAUCACCAACAUGGAGGAUGAUCCAAACUGGUACACAGCUGAGCUCCACAACAGGAAAGGCUUUGUGCCAAAAAAUUACAUCAACCUGAGGCCCCAUGCGUGAGUUCACACACACACAAACACACUCACACACACCGAACUUCUUCAGCUCAUCAGUAAAGCAGAUGAAUACAUUUCACACAUCCAGCGCUGGUCUAUCUAAACAGCUCAUCAGUGAGCGUGUGCAGCUCGGGGGCGUUUUCUGCUCUGCUUUGGACAUCUGCACUCCGGCAUAAGGCGGCCUUACCCGAAGGGACACACACUCACUCGCUGCUUUACGUAAUCAUGAUACGGCCCCGUGUGUGUAUGUGUGUGUGUGUAAAUAUAUGUGUGUGUUUAUAGUGAAGCUGCUGGUACAUCCUGCAUCUCCAUCAGAUGGUCGAACACCAGCUGGGAUUUACAGUUUUCUUGUGACAAACACUUAACUGAUAAGGCAGCCUCUGCAGCAGCUAUGGCUUGUUAAGGAACAUAGAUAUCUCUUGUUUGUUGCUUGGAUCUCUAUGUUAGGCCUGGCUUAUCUUUGUAAAUAUGUGAAUAUAAGCAUAAGUGGGUUUUCUGCUAACACACUUGCUUUCAGCUCUCUGUACUGCAUCUUUAUUUGCCAUGCGUUUUCUUUGUUUAUGCAUUUGUUUUGACUUGCUGCAGCUCAUUUUUCAUUCAGUGUACUAUUUCUGUUUUUUCAGUUGUCGACAGCCUGCUGCACCACACUUAUUUUCUAUGCAGUGCACUUAUUUGUGAAGUGGUUGUUUUCAUUUUUGUUUACAAAUUUGUUUUGAUCUUUCUGCUGCACUUGUCUUUCUUUGAUGUUUUCUGUUAACACAUCUGUUGUUGUACUUUACAAUGCACUUGUUUCCACUUGCAGGGCAUUUUCUGAGAACACACAAUGCUGUGCAUUUUUUAUCUACCAAUUAUUUUUAGCAUGUUUUUGUGGUGCAAUGCAUAUUUUGGAAACACAUCUGUUAUGUGCAAUUCCAGUGCUUCCCAUUGUUGCGUUUGUUCUGCUCAUGUUUGCUUUGGCUAAUUCCGAUGCAUUUUUCAUACAAAGUGCAUUUUUGCUCAUGGAUUUGUUUCUUGCUUUCUACAGCACUUUUUUCCUGCAGUAUAUUUGUCAAUACGUGUUUUUGCACUCUGCAAUGCACUUGUUUCGCUAACUUUUGCUAUUCCUGCAGUGCAUUUUUUAUUUGCAGCUCAUUUUCUGACCAUUUGUUUGCAUCCUCUUGCAAUGUUUUUAUUUGCAAUGUUUUAAAUUGUAUAUACUACUAAUGCCAGUUUUUUUUUUUUUUUUUGAACAUUUUUUCCUGGUGCAGUGCAUUUGAAGCAAUGCACCUGUUUUGCACUGGCCCUGUUUUCCCCAACUGUAGUGUAUCUUCUGCUUUCAAAAUUUGUUUUUGCUUUCUGUAAUGCAUUUUUCAAAAGAGGUGUGUUUUUAUUCAUGCAUUUGUUUCCAGCUCUUUGCAGUUUUUUCUGUGAACGUAUAUGUCACUUAGGGCUGGGUGAUAAAACAAUAACGAUAUAUAUUGAAAAUUAAUUUCCAUCAAUGUCAAUAUAAAACAUGGUCAAAAUGCUUUUCAAUAGUUGGCAUUCUGCCAUGUUUUGGUAGACUAUACGAAUAGCCAAUGAAAAGGGGUGUUGCUCCAGGUCUGCUUCAUGCUGAACCAAUCAUGUGCUGAAUUAGAACCAAGUAGCAAACAACUGCGUAGUUCCAGGCUGCAGCUACACGCAACCAUAGCACUUUAACACGUGAAGCUGACAGCACUGUCAGUGAGAAGAAAAAAAUGUUUGCUACCCUUGGCACAAAUGCAGAUGAAGGCUCAACAGAUGAUGACAUCUUCAACAACACUGGCACGAAAACAUUGGUGGUGUGAAGUUAUUUUGUUUUUUGAGAUUGGACAUUAACAGAGUAAUGUGCACUGCAAAUUAUGUCAAGUACACAUUCUUAAAAAGUCGGAGAAUACCUCAAAUCUUUUUCACUACCUGAAGCAGUGCCAUGCGGCAGACCACAUGCAAUGCAAAAGGUUAAAAACCCUGAGCGAAGCAAGGAGCCCAUGGCCUUAUAACAAAACAUCCAAGAGACACAAAGACCUCACAGAUGCAGUCGCUUAUUGUAUUGCAAAAGACAUGCUUCCAAUAAGCACUGUUAAAUUAAUAUUUUUUAUUUUAUGAUAUAUAUAGAUAUCGACUGAUAUGAAAAAAAAUGAUUGUGAUAAACUUUAUCCCAUAUCGCCCAGCCCUAAUGUCACUACUCUCUACCAUUAUUUUGCUGGGACUGAAUAAUUUGCCUUUCUGUCGUGAAUUUUUUCCCAUUUGCAGCAUAUUCCUUUUUGUGGGUUGUCUUUUUGAAUUUGCAUUGUCCUUGAAUCAGCAGGCCUUUGCAGUGUAUUUGCACCUGUCAGUUACUAAAAACGCCUCUCACAUAAAAAUCUCAGAUUUGAAUUAAUCCAUGAGGGUUUGGCCUAAUUUAAAUGAUCAAAUGUUGCAUAACACAAGUCCAUCAGAGCAGAAUGUCUUACAGCAAACUUUGCACACCAAAAGCUGCUCUGCUGUGCAGGACAAAGGAAAGAAAACAAGUAGGGAAAAUGUCACUUUUACUUCUGCUGCAGAGCUGACAGCUGAAAUCUACUGUCUUGGGACUUUUGAUUGUGUGCAAAUCUGGCAGCAUUUUUAAAAAUAACCUCACAGAAGUGCUAAUUUUACAGUUUUUCCUCUCACCCUGAACCUCUUCUUAUCUGUCAGUCAGCACUGAUCUGUGAUCUGCAUUGAUUUGCCUAUCAUUUACACUAUAAAUAAAACAUCAAAACUUCAGACAUCCAAACAGAUUAUAUUCUCGAGUUCACAGACCCUGGAGGAACACACAGAAGCAUAAAAUAGUAACACCAAUAAUCAAGUGCCUUUCUUCUUUUCUUUUCUUUUUCUGUUCUGCCUCCAGCUGGUUCGCGGGGCGUAUAUCUCGCAGUGUGGCAGAGAGUCGGCUCAGACACAGAGAGUGCGGGGCUUUUCUGGUCCGAGAGAGCGAGAGCGCCCCAGGAGAGUUCUCAAUGUCUGUCAGGUAGGAACGGAUCAUUCAGUACUGACAUCUUCAUCUUUUAUGUUCUUUUUAUUCUGUCAUAAUCCUGUAUUGCACUCUCAAUUAUGCACUCUUAAUCAUUCCAUUCCUGUUCGCCAAGCGCUCUCUAAUGACUGACAGAGUCCCUCUCCCCCAAAGGAAUCAUCGAAGUUUCAUUACAUCUCUGCUAGAGCAAUCUAAUUCAAUUAACAGACCUAUGUAAACAUACCGUAUGCACAAAUGCACACAUCCCUACACAUGCAGCAGUUUUGUCUCUUGUUUGCUCCUUCAUAAAAUUUUAAGUGCGUGUUUAUGUGGGUGGCAGGCGAUCAGAGAAGGCAGAUGAGGAGGAAAGAGAGAGAGAGAGCUAGAGGAUAAGGUGUUGGGUGGAUGAAGGAUCUGCAACCCCUUUGGCCGGAUGUGAGCUAAUCCUGUCUGGCACACCACGGCAUCUGGAGCUGCUAAAGGGGCCAGUCGAUUGGGGUGACAGUCAGGGAUGCAGCUGGGGCUCCGUGCUGAGAUCCUGCAGGGCUGUGUGGAUGUUGUGAAGGUGGAGGGUUAGGGAUAAUGGGGAGGUAUCGGGUCAGACCUGGAUCUAGGGGUUGGCUGAGGGGUUAAAAGUUAGAUUUGUAAGCUGUUUUGCUCGGAUGUGACUUUGUCUGGGCAUGAAAUCUCUCUCCAGAUGGCUAAGGGCCCCUUUGGAAGCAUCAGUGCAGAAAAAAAUGGUCUGCGUAGACGAUAUCCACAGGGUGGCCAUUUUUCUCUGGCUUCAUUCUAAGGCUGCGUAAUGUAUAAAAAUACUGGGUUUGACAUUUUUUCCCCUCUCUUUGAUACAUGGUAUGAUGCAACGUGAAAAAUAUAAGAGCUAACACCGAAAUAAAAGACCAAGUAAAAACACUUUGGAAUUAAAGGGUUGAUCAGGCAAUAUCAAAUAUUUUUUUAAAAGCUGUGAAUACACAAAAUUUGGGAUUGGAAUAAAAACAGAGAGAGGUUUUUAGUGUACAACAUGUUUGUGGACAGGGCGGAUUUUGUUGGGACUUGAUCUUUUGGCUGUCUGUUGCUGGAUGGUUUGUAGCAGCUUGAGAACUGGGUCAGCCGUUGGUGUGUGUGGGCGUGUGUGGCAACAGCACUCCUGUCACCGACCGCAGUAUCUGCGAGAAGUUCAGUCCCGACUCAGCUCUGUCCAGCUUUGGUCACCAGCCGAUGAAAAUCUGAUCUGCUUUGCUUUCAUGAAUGGAGCCAGAAAUGAAUUUUUCUGUCUUUGUUUGCUGUUCUGAAAAAUGCUGGGAACUGCUGGAAACUUUGAAAUCGAGCAGACGUCAGAAUCCACUGUGGAGUAUUGAAUGUACUCUGAAACAGUUUGUCAUAAAAAUGAGUGAAACAAAGCAAAAAGUGUAAAAAAAAAAAAAAAACAGGAAAAUGUUAUUAAUACUUUUAUACUGUUGGAAAUGCCUGUCAUAUUUCACGAUUGAGCUGUAGCCCAGCCAUCAGCGGCUAGGCCAUGUGGUAAACAUUUGUUUUCACAGUUUGCUUUGACUUUAGAGUCAAGCAGCACAGUUGUUUUGAAGGAAGCUGGGUCAUAAGCAAAACCCCAACAAAAGAAGAGGACAGGAAGUGAACAAGAUAACCCUGUUGCAUCUUACAUAUGAAGGAUAGAGCUGUUAAAGUUUGGUUAUUACGUCACUGUUCGACAUACAACCUGUCAGCUUCUUCCAAGUGUAACUAGUUGAAAGUGAGCUUAUCCCCACCAAGUGUACCUGAUGCCAACUCACUUUUACAAAUAAACCAGUAAUCUUGGAUGCAUUAGACUGGACAAUGACAGCAAUUUAGUUAGGUAUAGCUCCCAAUUGAUGCUGGUGAGCUCUGCCCCUUUUUAUAGAAAGUCGGCAAAUAGUGCGGAAACAAAUGGACUUUUUUAAUGGCGAGGCAAAAUGCUAAAAAUUUUAAUAGUAGAGUGCACACUGAAACUGAGACUACUGCUUUGGUCAGAGUCUCUCAACAUUAGCGUUCUUGCAUGGCAAAGUCGUCCCCAUCUGCGAAACAUGGUAUCGUGCUGUGGUCUUUGUUUCUACUCACAGUUUUCUGGCAUCCAACUACACUUACCAAUGACAUGCCAUUCAUGCGACCUCACGUCAGAAAUAUUUAACUAGGCCUGGGUGAUUUGGCAAAAAAAAUAAUCACGAUAUAUAUUUUGUCAUAUCGUCCGAUCUCAAUUAUUAUCACGAUUUUUUUUUAAAAACUGCCAGUUUUAAAGCAUCUGUACUAAAAACAAAGAAACUAGAGAUUAGUUCAACAUUUUACUAACAUACAAAGUUAAUAACAAAGCAAAUUGAAUAAGAUGAACUUAGAAAAAUAUAAAAAACAUUUCAACUCAACAGUACAACAAAUAUAGAUAAAUACUAAAUAAUACAGUGAACGAGUUUACAGUCCUGAGUGUUUUUGCAGGUAUGCAAGACCCAAAAUAAACAAGUUGCCCCCUCAGAGAUAAUGAAGAUACCUUAAAAUGUAGAUAAUGUAAACAUAGAUGAUACGAUUGAUCGCUGCUUUGGUCUGGUGGCUGCACCGCUAGUUGUGGCUAAACUGCUAAUGCUACUAGUGCCGUCAGCGGUGACAGGCUGUGCAGACUCCGCUCGUAUUUUUAUGCUUUCCACAUAACCACUCGGAAAGUACUUCUUCAAAUGAUUAAACAGAUCCGUUGUCUUGCUGUUUUUUUAAGGCACCAACCGCCGACAUACCUUGAACAUCAGCUUAAUCGCUCGACAUCACUUUGGAGAUAGCUGAACCGCCGCCACACAGCAGUCAUUCUGUUUACUUCUCCUGUUUACUUCUCUGGUAACUUACAGAAGUGAGUAGGAAAAGCUUGACUCUGAUUGGCUGUUGUGAUGACAUUUCCACUAUGUUUGAUUGAGUAAAUAUGCCCACAGCUGAUCACUGUGAUCAAACUGAAAUUUAUCACGAUCAUAUAAUUGCCCAGUCCUACAUCCCUUUAACUGUGCAUGGAAGUGACCUAAAGAUGAAGUUGUUUGUUAGCUUUGUCUGGUGAAACUGGCAAAUAAUCAUUAGACUGGAGCAAUACUUAACCAGUACAAGUAUGAGGACGUUAAUGUGCAGGGGUGGUGUUAUAGCUGUUACACCCUGGGUCAAAACUGAGGACAAUAUAAAAGUGGACAUCCCUUGUUUCAAUGUAUUGUAUUUCGAGAAAUGACGACCGUUUUUUCUCAACAAUGCCAUUGUCAUGGCGACAGACCCCCUUGUGAUGCUAUAAAUUUUAGAGAAUUAGGAAAUAACCAUUUUUUAUUGGCUGAUUCUGCCAAUGAAAAUUAUAUAACAUUGUUUUAAACCAUAAAAUUAGGACCUGUCUGUAAAUAGUGGCGAGUAUAAACUCUCCUCAGGUCCAGGACUUUAUAAAACCUUUAAAAAAACACAAGGACGUAACCUCAGUACCCUCAAUUUUACUUUGAUGGGGGUCCUUUAACGUGAUCGAUCUUCAUUUGAAACUCACUCAAGCUUUUUAUCCUCAGAGUGGGAGAUUACUUUUCCACGGAGUGGAUAAAAUUGAGUUGUUGUUUUUUUGGCACAGUCUUUGCUCAGAAUACUUUGGAAAGGUAGUUAUGAGGGGACAUGUGGCUGGGGACUUGCUUCAGUCUAUGCCCGUGAAACUGCCUCGAUGGGUUAUUUAGUAGACUAUUUUUGGAAAGUAGAGCAAACUGAUGCCAAGAUGGACUUCAUAUAGCAUGAGACCAGGAAUCUAUUUUGCUUAGCUUGACUUUCACGGCCGACUUUGACUCAGCAGCAGCAGCUUCAGUCACAGGAGAAGUCUUUUCUUGGCCUGCUGUAAUGUUGAUCUAGGUCGAAGAAGAAAUGGCACAAUGUUGUUUUCUUGAUGUGAUUUUGCCGUCAGGAUACAUUUCAGACUCAGGCUGAGAGGAAGCGUAACUCUCGCUGUUUCUCAAAUAGAAAAUCUCACUUUCUUGUACGUAUGCUCCCACAAUCUCUAGCAAUAUCAGGACAUCCACCUACAUCACAUGAAGUGACAGAUGAACCUAACAACUGUGCAAAGUGAGUCAUUUAACGACACUGUAGGAAAUCAGUAGAAUCAGUGGGAUGCAAAAGCACAAGCUGUAAACUGGGGGCACAGACAUUCACUAGAGAAUUACAAUAUUUCCAUUGCUAUAUCUGAAGGUGUAACUCAUCUUUGAUUAGCUACUUGUGUUGCUUUCAUCUCUGAACCAGAGCUGAAGAAUUAUGUAAUCUACGGUAUUUUUAUCACUUCCUGUUUAAGUGCUGGAUGUCUCGCUGCAUGUUAGAGCUCAAGGUUGCUUCACCGCAGCUGUGUCCGCCUUGUACAUCUGAAACAAAAGCAUGGUGGCCAGAUCUCAUGCUCAAACGACCGCAUGAACAAUAGAACAUUUUGAUUGUUUUAUAGGAAGUGGCUCUUGCCCUCAAAAAAUUAUAUACCUCAAUAAUUUCAUUUAGGUUUGUCCAAACAUCUGUGAACAAGUUUUUCUUACUAUUCAGUGUGUGUGUGUUUGAAAUGUGCGCGGUUCACUCAUGUUCAGGCAUGUGCUUGGCUAUGGACAAGAAAAUCAAAUCAUAAACACAACACAAGGGACGCUUCUUAGACCUGUCACCCUGUCAUGACUCAGUAUUGUAAUAGGUGUGAGCAAUAGGAAAGUGUCUGCUGUUCCAACACUUGUUUAGUGAGUUCAGUUAAGGUGACUGUCCCUGUGAUAAACUGAGUGCAGAGUUAGUUCAGGCAGGCUACAAAGACAGUUUAUCUUAAUGCUUGCCCAAACCCCCCGACAGCCUGGCCGUUUAUCCUCAGUGCAUCCAAUUGGUGGAUGUGAAAAUGCUGCUUCCUACCUCCACCACAGCUCUUCCUUUUAAGGCGUCCAGGGCUUGACACUAACUUUUUUAUUAAAUUCAACACAAUAAAUUUAUCAGGACAAAUUAGGAAAAUAAAGAGGUGUGUCUUAUUGGUCGACAGAAGUAUUAUUAUUAGAAAUCAAUUUUAGGUCAAUUGGACACAAGCCAUGGAAGCUAUUGAAGGAAAACAGCUUUCUGAGAACAUUAACUGGUAAUUUAUUGACGGUCCCUUAUACAACACCCAACAUUGACAGCGAGGAUACCGAAUAGAUUUAACUGCACCACUGAGGAUCUACCGGUUAUGGAGAGUGAGAAGACACCGGUAGAUCCUCAGUGAAUGUCUGUCGAAUAUCCAACCUAAAACUAACUUCACCGCUGUAUUUACAUGAAAAAACAUUUGUUGCCUCGGCUAAUUUUUUGAUGCCGUAUGUGCCCCUAAAUACAUUUUACAAUUCACACACAUCUAUUUUUAGUUGCAAAUGCGAGUGAAACAGUUACACUGUUGAGCCCUGGCCCCCCUUAUUGUGUCAUAUGUGUUGUCACUAGUCUGUUGUGUUGCUGUGUCUUUGCUGCUGUUCUCCCUGUUUUGUCUUUUCAUGUAUGCACAUGAAUCAAAGGGGAGGUGUGGGUUUUCUGUGUCUUUAGCAUAGGCCACGCUGCCAAGUAUAGACAUAACUUGCGAAUAAUUCAUUUAUUCUUUUUGACAAAAGUGGCCCUGAUUUAAUUAGGUUACACUGGACAAGCUCUAGACCAUGUAUACGGUGCAGAGAGCUUGGGUUUAGACAUAUGCUUAAAAGUUUUGUUGCCUUACAGCAAGAAUAGGUCAAGGUUGCCCUUUCUUGCCUGUACAACUUCAUAUAUAAAGAGGCCACAAGAGAGCUGACAUGGAUGUUAUUUUAAUCCCCUUUAGAAGACAUAUGGUUCAAACACAGCAUGCAGCCUUGCAUAAGUUUGACUGUACAUUUGAUCAAAAAUGAUUGGACCAUGCAGAGCUCAGCCCCCCUAACAGCUGACUUCCCCUAAGACCACUAAGGCGAGCUUAUUGCUCAAGGGCAUGAACUUUUUUACUCCUUUUUUUGUUGUUGUUGUUGUCAUUUGAGGUCCUAUUUUUAAGACAGAAGAAAAUGGAUCAGAUCUGUUUAUUGAGUUUGGUUUGAAAAAGUCAGGGUUUUAUUUUUGGCCCCAUCACAAAGACAACAAAGGCGAUACAGAACUCCUGCAACUGUUGAUUUCUCUUCGACAUAUUCUAGUUUCAUCUGAUUUCUUCUACAGGCCUACAACAGCAGUAUUUUCUACUCAACCUUUCUUUGCAUGUUUCGAAUGAGCAUUGCUUAUGUGUUGUUAACAGGCCGUUUUUUUCCAAAUGAAAAUCUUUUGGGUUGUUGCAGCAUCUUUGCCCUUGUUAGCCACCACACUUUUGUCAGCAUAUUCAGCCCUGAAUCCACCCAACCAGUAAAAAGGAGCCCUUUGUUGUCUCCUACUAUAAAAAGCAGAAACAAAUCUCUGCUGCAUGAACUGUGAACAAGAAGCAGCACUUAUAAAGGCAUUAACAAGUAAUCAUGACAAUAAUAAUAAUGCAUUUUAUUUGUAGGCACCUUUCAAAGCACUCAAGGUCACCUUACAAGAGAAGGUUGAAACAAGACACAUAAAUAAGUCCACAAAAUAAAUGGACAUGUUGUAAAUCUUGUCACUGGAAUGGCACGCAACUAUCGUCAAGAAAAAUCUCAGCCAUGUGUCUAUUGUGCCAUUUCAAUUUUGGAAACCAACAUUUUAGAUGUGUCCUCAGACGUCACUGACUCAUUCUUCCAGUGGCUAACAGCUUUUGCAGCAAGUGCUGAGUCGGGGUGUUGGUACAGCUGCCUUGACAUCAGUCAGCAUUAGUCUCUGAUCUGUGUCAUUACUCCAAAGAGGAAACAAAAAGGGAAGUGAUUCCCUGAAACUUUCCAGCCACAUAAUUUUAUUUGGAGCGCAGAGCUGGUGAUUGAGUGGCUCUGGAUAAAAUUUAAGUCAUUCACUUGGUAUAGAAAAUAAUACAUGCAGGGAAAAAUGUGCAAAAAUAGACACUGAUGUUUUAGUCAGAGUGUCAACAGGAGGAGAUGAAAUGUGACAGAAACUGUUUUCCAAGGAUUGAUUUGAUAUAUACUGUAUUUGUGAUCAGGUUUUCCCAAGCGUCACUUAAGACAAUUAGGACAAAUCAGAAUUUAGCAUUAAACACAGACUGGUGAUAAGCAAGAAAGUCGAGGAACAAGUAUAAAAAAUAAAUAAAAAUAAGGCUAGCUUUUUAAAUUAUUCAGAUUUUGGAAACAGCCAAAACCACUGUUAUGCCUUUAGGAGAAAGACUGAAGUUUUUUUUGUUUCUGUUUUCAUUCAAGUGUCUGCUGACGCCAUGACUGAAAACACAAUUAAAUAUCAUGUUCUGGAAAAAAUAAAGAAAACAAAAAAUAUGCAGAAAGUUAAAGACAGACUGACCACAACCAGUGUGACUACAGGUAAAAUAGUCUGGAGGAGAAGAGCCUAUGUGUGGAGGGUGUGCAUGAUUGAGCUUUAUUUCUCUGUUUUUUCAUCCUGACAGAGGAGCUGAAAUAAGACCAGCUGGUCCUCUGGGGGAUAAAACCUCCAGAGGCUCUCCUCCUUUCACUUCAGCAGUGUGCUUUCACUUAUUUUUUUCUCAUUUUACUUUUAUUCUAACCCUGACAUUAUCAUGUCUUUGUGAUUUUUACAAAAGUCAUUCCUAAAUGGACUGUUUCUGAUAGUUUCUAAACCAAGAGUGGCCAGAUGAUGAGGAAAGGUCUUUUCACACUGGGACCAUUUUUUACGUGCGAUUAUUUUGGACGUCAAUUUUUUUUUUCGAACCCGUAUACUGUCAAUACAAGCAUUCACAUCAGCGACGUUAUCCCGUCCUGCGAUAUUGUGGCAUUUAUUUUUUCGGAUCAUGGUCGAUUUUCUAAAGUUUUGCAUACUGUGUGAACACUUCUGACCAAGCAGAUUGCGUGUUGUUGUGACGUCUGAUUCACCUGUAUAUCCAACAUGGCCGACCAGCUGAUUGUUUAUGUGUCGGAAAACAGAGUGCUUUUUGAUAAAAGACUCGAACAUUACAAAGAUAAUGACCUGAAGGACAACUUGUGGAGAGUCAUAGUGUUGGAUCCCUCAUAUGACGAUAGUUUGUGUGAUUUAACGAUUUACUAAACGUCUUUGUUUUAACUUUCAUCUGUGCUAAGUAACUUUAGCUCGUAAGCUAACCUGUUCAGAUACAACAUACCAUAUGUAUUUUCACUGUCUCAAACUCAAUCACAGUGUUGCUGUCACAGCACCAUUAGGUCUCGGUUGUUACCUUACGUUCAUGGGUUAUAGUUUAAUGUGCUUAUCUGGUACUGGCCCCGACUCAGUACAUGCUAUCAUGACAGACAGCCAUCUCAACAUCAGUUUCCAACAGUCAGUCUGCUGUUGUGUCAGUCUUCUUGCUUCCACCCGGGACGCGUCUUUUUCUCCCCCGGGAAGUGGAAAAAUCGCAUCGGGCUUGAUGUGUAUAGACAGGGGCGUCAAAAUUCACCUCAGAAUAUUUCGUAAUUUUGCGUUCUAUAUUUGUGUCGGCCCCGGUGUGUUAGGACCUUGACUCUCGAAAAAAUUUAGAGAACUAAUCCAAAAGUCAAACAAUUCUUCCAAGAAGUUUUUAAUGAAUUAUGUUUUGCUUGAAUCUGAAAGCUUGUCAGGCAGCUUUGAAACUAGUUUGCUUUAGUCUGGUUUAGCUAAUCUGAGUUUUGGCUUUUUUGGCUCAUGUUUACAGUCAAUGUAUGAGCAAGAAAUUGUAAAGAAUCUUGACAAACAGACCUCUAAAAUAAUGCCUAACAAGCCUUAUCGUCCUUUAAGGUUAACCAGUCAGCUAUGAACCAUUUCAUGUCUUUAGUCACACUCUUUGGUCCCUCAGAGACCCUCCCACACUGUCAUGGUGUCUGACACUUGUGUGUCUGUGCGUUUGAACGAGUGUGAGCAUUACAAACUAAAUAGAUUGCAAGUUGCCAUCAGAUUCAGUUUGUUAUAUUCCAAAACUCAUUCAUGGUAACACAGAUUUGGUCGAGAUUUUUUUCAUUUCAUCGUGGAAACAACAGUAAACGUGCUUUGAAUAACAGAUUGACACUGCCAAGCUCCUCAGUCUACUCGCCCUGUAGCUUCAGACUAGCUCAGGGGUUUAUAGUCUGACAUUACUUAGCUAGAUUACCCGUGGCUUUUUGGCUCUGUCUGUAGCGACUGUACUAAAUAGAUUAGACUUUUUAUCCCCCUGAGGCAUCUGAAACUCUUACGCAACCCCUCAAAUCUAUAUUUAUUACAAGGUUUCCUUUAUUCCAGCUAAAAGUUGUCAGUCGCAGAUAUGGGCCUCAUAUACCCCAGGUUGUCCUCAGUUUGAGGCUUGAAUGAAUAACACAGGCUGUGAGUUUUUUGAGAAAGCAGAAAAUCAUGAAAUAUUACAAGAGAAAUGUUCUUCAGCCUAUACUUUGUCCAGUAAUAGAGCUGCAUAGAUCGGCUAGGAGUUUUUUUGUUCAUGAUCAUGACCGACUUGCAGAAAUAACUCCAUACGAAUUUCCCUUAGGCCCAUAUUAUUUCUGUCUGGGAGGCUUAUUGAACCAUCAACAACCUAUGAUAAAAACGCCUCCACCAAACAUAUUUUAUCACACACCCGCAAUCCACUACAUUUCAGAUUCCUCUCUCUCACACACACUUUUACACCCUCACACUUCCUCUUUGCCUCCUCAACCAUCCAUCAAAAAACAGGUGAUGGAAAUGCUUGAUUGAUGCUGCAGAAGGAGCCGUGCCUCAUACUCACACCCUGCCACGCUUGGUUGACACAAAAUCACACACGUGCACACACUCAUGGCCGCAAAGCUCAGCCUGUGACUUAUAGGGAACCAACACACCAGUACACACAGAUUGGUUUGCAUAUUAAAGUUUAGGUAAUCUGCGGUUUGCAGCAUGUACAUGUGAGAAACAUACUCUGACAACUCUGACAUGCACACAGCUGCUGAGUCGAAUCGACAGCUCGAGGUGUCGGUGUGUCUGUGUGAAGAGUUUCAGACAUCUGCAGCGAUUUGGGAAGUGAGCAGUAGGUAAUAGAGGAAAGGGGUUCAGCAGACAGACAGAUAGAACAAGGAAGUGAAAAUAGAUGGAUAGAUGGAUGGAGGAAAGCUGCGAGAAAGAUGGACGGAUGACCUUCACGCUGCUUGAAUUGUGCUGGGGUUGAGUAAAAGUUCUAAAAAUAACUCGUCGCCUUGUGUACAGUAUAUUUCUCUCUCUCUAUGUCCUCUAUCUCUACGUCUUUUACACUAAUUCUUUCAGUCUUUCUCUCAUAAUCUCUCUCCUCCUGUACCUUGAGAAAAGAAAAUAAUCUGUCUGUACCGCUGUGGGCCUUAAUUACACUAUAGCAGCGAGAUGAGAGGGCACUCAGAGAGCAUGCUCCGUUUGUGUGUGUAUUUGCGUGAGUGUGUGUGCGUUUAGACAGAUGCUGUCUGCGUUACGCUCACUGGUUCUCUAAUGUCUCUGGGUAAUAAUUAAUAAAAAUGUUGACAUGACAUCAGCAGUGUUGGGGCUCCAACAUUUCAUCUGCUAUCUGUCCUCGUGAAGCCCAUUUUUCAAGCAACAUCUUUCUCUCUGGUGGUUGUUCAAUUAAAGUCAGGCAUGUUUUUAUUUGCAGUGUAAAAUGGACUUUCUUUGAUUGUGUAUGUGAGUUACAGGGCUUUUGAAACCAGCCUCAAGUGGACACUUAGUGAACUGCAGUUUUUAGGGUGCCCCCGCAAAGGCUUCAUUUCUCAAGACCAAAGGUAGCCACUCGGUCCAAUGCUGCAUUACAGUUGCAUUUAGAAGUCAGGAUUUCCAAGCUCCUGAGUCGGAAAUUCAACUGGAACGCACCCCUGAAGUCAGAUUUCCGACUCGGAAAUCCUUGCCAACCCCGACUUGACAACAACGUCAUAAUUCAAGAUGGCAGUGCAGUGCCUCAACAACUAACAACAGCUGACAACGGCUUACAACAGCUGACAAUUGUAAACAACAACUAACAACAGGUAACUGUAGGCGUCCAUCUUGGUUUUCUGACUUAUUUACUGGAACGCCGUCAACUCUGGCGUAACGUUAUUCCCAGCUCCGACAUCCGACUUCCGAGGUAACUGGAACGCAGCAUAAUCUAGGGCUGUCACUAUUUUCACCUCAAGGUUGUCAUGGAUAUAAAACAUCAGAACAACUACGUCAUUGGAAUAUUUAUGGAAGAUUUCAAAAUAAAACAACAUAACAAUUCAAACUGAGACAAGAGCGGAGCAACACGACUUUGUAAACUUUACUGAUACUAACUCACAUGUCAUCAUACAAUUUCAAUGAUGUACAAAUUUAUGAUUAAUCUACAUCAUCAGUCAUGUGACUGAAGUUUCCUUGCCUAAUAAAACCAUUUUCUCCGGUGCUUUUAUUUUGAUAUUCUUGCUGUUUUGUGUUUUAGUUGCUUAAUUACGAAUCUGAAACUAUGCUUUUAUUUUGAAAUACGCAAACACCGAUAACUUGAAAGCGACAGAACUGAGUAAAUGAUGUAAAAACAUAAUAAAGUUAGAAAUGUUCAAUAGAUUAUUGACGGUUAUCAAUACUGGUUAACUGUCACACCUGUAAUCUGUACAAGCUGUAGGGAAGAUAUUUCUCUAUUGUGCUGUAUGUCAAGGCUAUGGUUUACUACAGCUGGUAAGCAGCUGCUAGCUAGCAGACAUUGUUUAGCACUGAUAACGUCACAUUAGCUAAAUCUGCUCUAACCUACAACAUGAAACUCUUCAGUGAUGCUACGGCCAUUUUGCAUGUAGAUAAAAUGUUUGUGUUGACUAAUGUGAAUUGUGGUUGUACCUGGUUCUUAAUUUGUUGCUAAAAUGACUUCUUACAUUUAGUAAUGCCUAAUUGUAUUCAUGCACUUAGCAUAACUGAAUCUCAUUUUUCGUAAUGCUCCUGUGAGGAGUUUUUAGCUAGUUUUGAAACAGACUGAUAUUAGCAUUGAUGCCUCUGUAUGACCGACAGGAGCAAACAAGGCCAUCUUAAGCAAAACGGAUAUGUCCUGUAAUGUAAUUGUUAAUGCCUGUUAUCACUGUGAGGGGUGUAGAUGUCAGAUGAGAGGACUGAAGGCAUCCUGAAGAAAAUGAUGAAACAAAAAUCAUAAAUCUGAUUCCUGGUGGUCUUGUUUGCUUUUGUGUGUCAUAAAAAGGCAUUACUAUGAAAUUUAGUUUAUUUUAUUAAUGUCAAAAAACUCCUCUUUAAAGUGUGAGCAUUUUUGAUUGCCAGUUUCUCUGUAGGUUGUGUUUGAAUGUGUUUUCAAGGUGCAUUUACAGUGUUUGAGCUUCAGUGAUACAGAGGAGGAGCAGCGUUUUUGAGAGCUUUUUUACUUGAGGGCAAAUUGAGUGUGAGGAUUUGAUGUUCCGGUUUAAAUGCUGCGACAUGAAUAUUUGAGGGAUAUUUGGUCAGCUGUAUAAAGGCACAGCAGGAAUAUUUUUGGUUUGGUGUGUUUUGACCGUCACAGCUGGGGGCACCUCUGCUGCUGACACGAGGCAAAGAAAAUCCAAGAUGAAACUUUUUCACAUCAUCGUUUCCCUCAUGUCUUGAAGCAUGGUGAACAGAUAGAUGGAUAGAAAAUUCAGCUUUUAUUUUUUAUUUCAGAGUUGAAGUGUGUCACGGCAUGCAUAAUGUGAUCUUCUGCUUUAUGUCAGUCACUUAAAACAGCCGCUGGGUGGGAUGCAAAUUGAAAAUGGCAUGAGAAACUCCUGAUAAAUAUAAAGGUACAUGGCAUUUUGCGUACUGCAUUUUUUUUUUUUUACUAGAAAAUUAACCGAAAUAUAAAAAAUAAAAAACCUUGAGCAAACAAUGGAAAUGAAACACAAUUGUUUUUGCAGUUGUUUUAUUUUAGUUAGAAUUUUUAAAAAUUUAUCACCAUUUAAGAAUCGCCAAAGAAGAAAAACACCAAGAUUAACAGUGUAUUUAUCAUGAAAAUGAAGAUGAAAUCUGACAUUUUUCUUACUUUUUUCUAUUUGCUAGUAUUACGUUACUACCUGAAUUUUUCCUCCUGGGUUGGAUGUGUGUGCUUCUAUCCUCCAGUGUGCUUCUCUUAGUCUUACAGUCUCCUCUACUCUACUUCAGUACCGCUUGGAUAAAGAGACCUCAUCAUUUCCUCCAUGUCGUUGUUACGUCUUGACGGGCAUUUAUUAAACUAGAUACAGUGUUGACCAGCUGUCUGAAGAGCACGAUAGUACCUCUCACUUCCUACGCAAUAGAUGAUCCAUCUUCAUGAGCUGCUGACUGUUUUUUAGUUUGUGUAUCAAAUUGUAGCUCUGCAGGCACCCUGCUGAUCUGAUUUCUUUGAUUUGAACUUCUUGUUUUACAGGCAGCAUUUUAUUUCUCACUUGUACUCUCCCAUUGGUUGUUGUCUUUGUUUUAGCUAACAUGUAUGAUUUUUCAGUAACACUUUAUUUGACGCCUAUCUCUAUAACACACUCUAACUGUUAACAACAGUUGCAUUGCAUUCUUUAUGUGGGCAUUGUAAGUGAGUUAUUAACAGUUAUAACACAUUAUAACUCUUGACCUUGUAAAUCAUGAUAAAUGCUUUAUAAUGUGUUAUGAUUAUUGCUAUAAAGCAUUAUGAUCAUUUAUGAGUGUUUAUAACUAUAGUUAUAUAGCGCUAUAAUGUGAUUAUGACGCAUUAUACAUAUAUUUGUAAUGCGUUAUAGAGAUAGGCGUCAAAAGUGUUACAGAUCCUCGAAUUGGCUGAAUAUAACAAAUUUUGAUUUGAAUACCACUAACUCUGCAGACUUUGCACACAAUGUCAAACACAAAAACACACACCAACAAAUCAUACAAUGUGUUUUACUCAUUGUGUGGAAUCAUAGUAAGUCAGGCUCUAAGUUCUUGCUUUAUCCCAUGUCUCAUUGUUUUGCCCAAGCUGCUGAUAGCUCUUUGAAAUUGAGAUGGCGUGUGUGCAGCAGGUUGAAGUGACAAAACCCCACCAGUAGGGUGCAGCAGAUAGCAUCAGACUACAGGGGAGUAAAGAGAUAGAUCAUACAUCACUAACCCAACUUCUGAAUGUGUCUGAGUUUCUGCAGAGAAAUGAGGUUGAAAUGGAGCAAAGCUGGGGACAAAGUGUUGAAGAUAAGAAGAGAAGUUGCAAGGAAAACUUUGUAAGAAGUUUGUAAGAAGUUCGAUAAAGCGCAGGAAAAAACAGACAGAUAGCAGCGCCGCUCACACAGAAUAAUUUAAUGUUUGAGAACUUCAAAGAGUGGUACUGGGACAGUCUAAACAAAAAGUCAAAAACUAUAAGAUUUAAAGUUUUCAUCUUGUAAGCAACCGCCUGUUUUUUACUCUUCAGUGCGUUUUCAUCAGAUUUGGGAGCAUCACUCAGUGUAAGGGGGGAGAAAUGAGGACACACGGGUUGAAACAGAGGCGGCAGAGAAACAAGGGCAGGGUGGAGGUGUUUCUGAAUGCCAUCCUGUCAUCAGUGAGGCAGUGCGGCUUGUUCGGGGAGCUCUGCGUCUGAAGAGGAGAAGAAAAAAAAAAAAAAACUCUCAGGCUGAAACAAGCUGAUGCUUAUUUCCCUUCUAAGCUUGGAGCAGAGCCAGUCCAUGUAGAUAAAGGAGGAGUUCAGUGAAGUUGAACCACCAGAAGCAUUUUAUUCAAUCUAGGAAAACUAUACCACAUAUUGUAUUAGAAAACAGUGACGUCACAGUUGUAACAAACAGUAGCGUGAUCCUACUACACACCCACUUUCUGUGAUGUGUUAAGACAAAUGGAGGAGUUGAUUCUCCGUCUGCUGCAUAUUACAUGUGCUUAUAUAACUGUAGUACGAUCAUGGUGAGAUGUCCAGAUUUCCAAAGAUAAAGCUGGCAAGUUACUUAGCAACUAGCACAGAGUUGGAAGGGGAAGCAGGUAUGAUUGCCAACAAAUACUGGCCAGAACUCUUUUAAUUUCACAACAAGGCACGCACUGCAACUCUGUGGCUAUUUGUGUUUGUGCCAGCGGCCAUACUUAGAUAUUUCUAAGAAACAGUCAGCUAUUUUUAUCCAUCUGUCAUCCCCUUUUUCAUCAAAAUAAGAGGUUGUAACAGUCUCAUGGAUAUAGCACAAACCCUUGUAACAUUUGCAAUGAAUUAAAGUGUUUGAAAGGUUUUUUUUUAAAGUGCACUACUACAGCUUUAAACAGAGAGAAUGCAUCAAUUUAGUGUCAGCCCAUUUAGUGUCAUUUUUAACAAUUUUAACUGCAAAUAUGACCAAAAAGAGUCUCACAUUUUCUCUUUACCGCCUUCUAUACCAUCAUUGUAUCAUAUUCUGCUACAGCAUGGAUUUAGCUUUACUGUUAACACUGUUUUGGACACAUAAUAAUACAGAAUUGUACGACAAAAUGAAGCCAAAACACCCACAAGCACUGACAUAGAUGAAAACAAAUAGUUAAUUACUCAUGUGACAGAGUUUGUAAUCUUUUAAUGCAGCCGGUGGUCCACUAUUUUAUUAUUAUUUUGUCUGUUUUUAUCAUGGUAAAGAAACCAGUUCUAUAAAUAUUUGAAUUAAAUUGAAUGAGUGGUGACUCCAAGGAGGCAAAUGAACUGGAUGUCAGUGAACGCACUCAUGCCAGCCCCAACAGCUGACAGCUGUUGAGUAUAAGGGGCGGCUCUGAGGACUAAAGGCCAGGACUGUUGGUCUCGACCCAAAGCUGCUCCAAAAGCAGGCAUUUUGUGAUGUGAAAAGACUGACUCCAAGUGACAGGACUCAAGAAGGACCAAAUUAUGUCCUUCUGCCUGAAUGUCUGUCUCUGAUGUUGCCAAAGUUUUUCUGAGCAUCUGUUUGCAGCUUUAUAGUCGUUUAAAACUCCUAUAAAAUGUGACUUCAGCUUCUUCUUCUGUUCUUUUUGCAGUUAUGGAGACCAUGUUCAGCAUUUCAAGGUGCUGCAGGACCGCUGUGGUCAGUACUACGUGUGGGAUGAGCUCUUCUCCUCUCUGAACGAGCUUGUGGAGUUUUACCAUAGCAACAGCAUCGCCAAGGAGAGGACCGUCUUUCUGAGGGACCCCGAGCACUUCGCCAGGGUGAGAAGAUGACCCUUUGUUUUUCCUUCUUUGUCUUUUUUUCUUGCAUUCAAACCGCAUGCCUACUUGUCUUUUCUAAUCAAGGCAGCCUGAGGGAAGCGCACAUGUAUUGUAUCAGUGGAUGAUGUAAUCGGACACAGCCUUGAAUAUUUGACUGAAACCAGUUCAUAGCAACUAAAAAGAAAGAAUAUGCCAUAAGAACAGGACUGUUUUGGGGUUUUUUUAGGAGAGAAAAUAGACAGGUUUUUUGUGUACAAACAAUACUAGGUGCGCACGCAACCAGGGGGCAAAAGCCUGCUUCGGAGUGAACUGAUAUCAAUGAAGAUGCCGUACUGUUUGCAACUUCUCCCCGACACAAUUGCAAUGAAAUGUCAUUUCAUUGAAAAAUCGCUUUGUCUUUCAUUGUAUCACAAAUUAAUAAAAAUAAAUAAAAAAAAGACUUGCUGAAAUGUCCAUGAAUUUCACUCAGCUUACCAGCUUGUGACGUUGUUUUGGAUGUUUCUAAUAUCAGGAGCAGGGUUGUAAUUUUAGUGAAUGCUAACAAAGUCAAAGUAAAAAUGUUUACGAUGAUUUACGGCACAACAGCUUCUUGUCAUUUUCUUUCGCCCUUGACUCUGCUAGUAAACAAGUAAGAAAUGUCCCACUUUCUGCUCCCUGGCUGCGCGCGCAUACCUGCGAUGACGUCAGCGAUUAGCUUAAUGCUAUUUAGCUGUUUAACUAUGUCAAGAAAGACAUUUAUAAGACUUCAGUUUCUAACUCCAGCUUUAUACAUUUGUCAUUAGAGAACACUUGUGUUUUGUUGGAGAGUGGGUCUGAUACUGGUAGGCUAGCCUGUUAGCUUGUAUGCUAACCAGGUGGGUUUUUGUUAGGGUGACCAUACGUCCUCUUUUACCCCGACAUGUCCUCUUUUUAGGGGGGAUGUCUGGCCUUGUCCAGAGGAGAUUAGGAAAUCCCUCCAAUGCCCGGGGUUUUGUAUCAGAGUUUUGAGUUUGUGUAGCGUGGAUUAGCUGAGUUAGAAGCACGGAAAAAUCACUCGACUCAACCCGAAAAACCCUCAAAAUUUACUAUCCUCGACCAUCCCCGCCCAGCAUAGUAGUGUCCUCUUUUGGCGAUUCAGAAUAUGACCACCCUAGUUUUGUAAUCCUUGCAGCAGACUGGGUUCCUGUCACUGAGGUGCUUGGCAAAGUUUAUAGCGUUUCCUCACUUGCAUGACGCUGUUUUUAGCGUCUUUUGUGCACAGGUCCUGACAUGUCAGUGGGCAAGCUGUCAGAGUCUCUGUAUCAAAGUAUUUCCACAGGAUACUCAGACAGUUGGUUCUGUUCACCAGCCCAGGAUGUCGGUGUAUAGUCUUUCUUAAGAUGACUCACUUUUGCCAGUAGCGGUCAAGUUGAGGCAGAGGCAUUGCUUUUCUCUCUCAAUAGAAGCAGAAACUAAAAGACUGACAGGUGCAUGUCUCCUUAAGCAUUGACAAUCCCACGCUAUUUUCUUGCUUAUACUCCUGCAUUAGCAAGAGGUGACUGAUAAAUGCAUUUUAUCAUUCACCUAAAGCUAUAUCAUGUAUUCAUUUAGUACUAAAAUUGGGGAAGUCCUAAUACCAUGCCAUUUAGAAUAAAGAGUAUCAAAAAGUACCAAGAUUAGUAAAACUGAGCAAAGUGUGUUCAUAUGACACAUCACUUGUGUUUGAAAAAGUCCAAAGCAGUAGUUCUUACUGCAUCACUGACACCAGUAAAUCUGUGUGUAGCUCAUAGCAAGCCAACGCUUAAUCUAACUGCAUCAAAAUAAUGUUGAAUAAAGACAAUAAUACCAGGACCCCCGUUCUAUCAAGGGGAUCACACUAAGCGAGAGAGCAUUCCUUGUCUAUAUGAAAUUAAUUUCCUAUAAAGUCAGCCCUCUGCAGUGUUUUAUUGCGAACGCUCAUGUUGUGACAAUGAUGAAAUUGCAGUUUAUAGUGCAGCUUUAGUUCUUUUCACUUUCCGUCAAACAGCCCGAGAAACAACUUAAACCCAAAGCAAUCAAGAAGUACUAUAUAUUCUGCAAACAUCUGUUCUUGCUGUCAUCAGUAAGUUUCCAUCCCCGGCUUUUCAUUUUCAGACCAUCAAAGGUUUAUUUGGGAAUCUGUUAAGACUUUAAAAAUAGCAGAUUUUGACAGAAAAGGAGAGGUUUUUUAUUCUAUGUAUUGUCAAAUCUUUUUUUUUUCAACAUAACCAGCUGCCCAGGUGUUCAUAUUUCAUUUCCUUUUGACUUAGAGGCAUAACCAGUGUUUUUAAUAAAGCUGACAGCUAUGAGAACACUCCAUAUGUUGGUGAAAUUUGAAGCACGGUGACUGUAGCGGCAGGGUUUGACGUCGAGGUGCGGCUUGUAAAGAAAGAUCAGAGAACUGCUGCUGGUUUUGGAGCAGAACCAAAUCAGUCAUCUCUGGCACCGAGCCAGAGGGAGUGAACACCGCAGCAGCAAGAAAAACUGAUUUAAAGGGCAAUUAUUUACACCCGUCAUGAUUAAGUUGUUAUAUAUCAAGUUUGGACAGAACUUUUCUUUUGUUUGUUGUUCUCAGUCCAUUUUUACUUAACUGUUGAGAUGCCCGAUGAGCUGAUUUACACUCCAACACUGCUUCCAGUGUCCUUUGACACAGGGUAAAUUGGCGUCUCAUUCUUCAAGGUCUUCAAUUGUUAUAGAAAAAUUUACACUGUAAAUCAAGAUGAAGCCACGGCAGCUCAGCUAUUGUCAGUUACCUCGAACCGUUUCUCAAAUUUCAGCGUCCUCUCAGAACUUUCAGUCAAGUUUGCCAAGACAAAGACAGGUAGUUCCCAUGAUUGUGUCACCUGGGGAGAAGCUGUUGUUCUCGCAUUUGUGAUGCCAUUAUGCCGGCAGGAUCACAUAGCAUGUUAACUAUUCCUGGGAGUGGCAGGCGAGCUGCGCCUGGAGGCAAAGCCAGUCACCCACACAGAGAUGUGAUCUACAGCCAUCCUGACGUGACAGCAUGUUCAUAUCACUACUUAAACACCAGCAGUGUGUUUAUACUCACCGUGUCAUACUCAGAUCUACGCGUGGCACCUGGAGUGAAGACCACCAGUGUAACAGAACUGAGCGUGCAGCAUCCAUCUAGCAAGCUCUUAAAGCAUAUUUGAUUUGCAGCGUGCAAAGAUAAAAUUCUUGAGAGAAUGUGUCACAGCAUUAAAACUUAAAAUGCUAUGAGAUCUUUCAGAAAUUUAAAUUCAAACCAGUCGAUUAAUUCAAGGUAUGAAAACACUCAGAGUAGCAUCGAAAUAGGGCGCAAUAUGUUUGACAAGGCCAAACAGGAGAUCACAGAAUCAGCAGGUUCAUGACGUCAGAUAUUGUUUGCCCUCUAGCAGAGCCUGGCACCACCAUGUUUCAGUCCUCACAUGCAGGUAAAUCCUCACAUGCCUGUGCUGGCGAGACAUUGCUUGGGUAAAAUACCAGUUUAACCCUAGAACACUAUCGCAUGUUUAUAUGAUUUUCAUUAUGUUGCGUUUGUCUGAGUAUCAUGGGUCCCUGGGUAGCUUCAGCAUUUCCUUUGACAUCUUUGAAGGCAUAUUUGUUUCCCUGAUCCAAAACCUGCUUUUUCCUACAGGCAUGUGUUCGGGUGAUUUUCACCGUGCAAUAGAGAUAGAGGUUAAAGUAGGUUUGGGUGGAUUUGAUAGCUGCAUGAAGGCGAAUAAGGUCAGUAAGAGUGGUCCUGGAAUUCGCAUGCUACCUUUAUUUAGCACUGUGGUUAUGAAUAACAAUCACAAAGUAGUGAUUUUGAAGGGAAUUCAUAUGGUGAUAAGAAAUAUUUUAGUCAGCUGGUCAUUUUUACUUACUCAAAAUAUGCCAUAUUUUGGUUCUCUCUCCUGCAGCUGUUAUUGUGCUGAAUUUUUUGUUCAUGAAUGAAUUUCAGUUCUUUUGUUGCAUUUUCAUACGGUCGCCUCAUGGCACUUUUUUCCUCCCUUUGGACAUUGCACAGUUAAAAAUGAAAGAAAACUACUUUAAUUUGUCAUGUAUUGUCCUAUUCUUUGUACUUUUUCUUGGGUAUAUUAUUUCGAUAGUGAUGGUGUUACUAAUUUUAGCGAUAGUGUUCUAGGGUUAAAUACACACAGCCAACUUUAUCACCAAAACAUGUCAUGCAACUGGAUGCAUUUGUCAUUUGUAUCUGCUUACAUCCUACUACAGAGCCCCAAUAACAUCUCUUUACUUGUGUGAAAAAUGUACUAUUAAACCACAUAUUCUAUGGCUCCUCUUGGGUUACUCUCAUGAGUGCAUUUCACUUAGCUCACUUCCUUUCCCAGGCGUGCUUAAGACAAGAAUUAAUAGGAUGUGACAUGUCACAUUAAGGCCACAUUACUCAUUAGAGAUGUAUCUCUAUCUGUGUUGUGACCAAAUCAUCGCCUUCAUAUAUCAGCUGUCUUGUUCUUCUUCCUGUUUUAUGACUAUAAUGAUCACAAAUAGAAGUUUGUGAACCGAGAAUGAUGAAAGGAACAGACUGGAAGCCGUUUGAGUUCUUGUGUGUUUAAAAUCGGCAUUUUAUUUCAGCUGGUACUGAAGCAUUUGUAUAUCCUAGUUUAAGGCAAAUCAUCAGAAAUCUAUUCUAAAAAAUUCUACAAUCCAGUAGGUUGACCAAUUUUUCAACUGCACUUUAACCCCUCAGUUUUUUUUUUGUUUUGUUUUUUUUUACUUAAAAAUCAUACUGUCUGAGAUGACUUCCCAAGGACAGUGCAGCUAUAGCAUGCGUUGUGGUUUUCUUGCAGUCUGGUGGCAAAUGAGUCAUUGCUGUUAAUAGAAAUGAAACCACAGAAGGAAAUAACACCUGUAUACCAACAUUUGUUCAUCAUCCAUCCCGUGUUUGAGACAUUACUCAGAGGGGGUUUUCAUUGGAAUUUUCAGAAGAUUUGCAUAUUCAGAAGGGGGCGAAUAUUGUUUGUUUUUUUCACUCUCAAGUUAAAGGUUUCUCUUGUAUAGCUACGACCAUAUUCAUUACAGGAGACGUGCCUGUUUCCUUUACUCAUGUUCAACUGCAUUAAACAAGUAAUGUCAGCAUAUAAUCUUUGUCAUUUGCCAUCCUGAGGCUAUGACCACUCAUUUGUCGUAUAUGCUAUCCUCUGCAUUGCUACUCUGUUAAAGAAUGACCCGACCAUGAUGAACCAUGUCCCAGUCAAGCGUGAUCGAACCUUAAGUUAAUUAGUCUGUCUCCGGAUAUCUUAUUACCAUCAGUCGAAGAAACACAUCUCUGUACUUUCAUCAUGCUGUGCCAUGCCAACAUGGAAAUACAUGAUUGAAGUCGCAGCUCUAGAGCUGUAUGUGGAGUCGAGGGGAGAAGUGGUUGAGUUCUUAGAGUCAGUGGAGAGAGAGACACUUACAUGUGAUGGUUUGGGUUACCAGAGCGAUGGCCUCCGAUGUAACUAUCACUUCUCAUUUCAUUCCUAAUGAAUGGGAAUUAGCUUCAAAUGUUCUGCAGAUUAAAGACGUGCACGCAAGCCACACAGGAAGGGAUACAGAAGACUUGUCAGUAGAAGUGGUGUCAUAUUUCUAUAAACCAAUACAAAUAAUGAAUGUAUUAUUAUUUAACAGGUGUUACAAGGUACUGUAAUGAAUGAUCUGGGUAUUUCUGUUAGAGAUAGACUGAUUAAUUGGCCGAUUUUACCAUUGGCAGUGCUUACCUGCGCCAAAACUUUUCCAUCUGCUUUCAAGUCGUAAAAGAGUUCACACAAGUUUAGCUGUUUUGUUACCUCCGCCAAGGAGGUUAUGUUUUCGGUAGCGUUGGUUUGUUUGUUUCUGAGUUUGUUUGUCUGUUAGCAACUUUUCGGAGAAAGUAACAGACCGAUUGACCUGAAAUUUUCAAGUUUCAGCCCCAGAAGGAUCCCAUUAAAUUUAGGUGGUGAUCCGGACAAAAUUCUGGAUACUGUGAUCCAGAACACACAAAAAUAAGGGUGUUGUUGGAAUUUUCAAUGCUGAAAGAUAACCAGUGGGCGGCACAGUGGUGUAGUGGUUAGCACUGUCGCCUCACAACCAGAAGGUCCUGGGUUUGAAUCCCAGUCAGGGCAUUUCUUGUUUAAGGGGGGACAUGAGUUGCUUGGCGGAGGUCUGCGCUCUCCGAGUGCUUUUCUAGUUUCUCAUGCGUUAGUGUUGAUAAAUUGUUGUAUUAUGUCAGAUGCAAAACCAGCAACACCAGAGUGUCAUCGGCAUAUCCGCCAACUUGCUCUCAAUUUGUCAGUGUCAGCAUCAGCUGCUGAAAAACUGACUGAAAAAAAUCAGUCAGCCAUUAACUCCUGUUAUCUUUAGAUGUGAGUUAAUCACUAAGUCUAAUAGAAAUGUGAAGUUUUUGACAGUACCCAGCCCCAGUAUCAAUAUUUUCAGAGUAUCAAAAGUUCUAUAUGCCUAAGUGUGCUCUAAACUGUAUGUUCCUAUGAAAAUAAAACAAGCUACAAUCAAUGAAAAGGGACUCAAAGUAAAAUUUUUGGAUGACUUGCCAGGAUUACUCUUGUGCAUUUCAGAUGAACUGUUGAUCCUGGUCUAGAAUAAAUAUAGAAUAUAGAGGAAGAUUUUCGUGUUUCCAGCAGAAGCAGUAUAUGAUUUGAAAUACUAGAUGAAAAUGUGUUGAGCCCAAAAGCCUGUCUGUAUCUUCACUUCUUUAGAGAUGAUCCACAUUUAUUGAUUUUUAUAAUGUGUGAGCUUUACCUCCAGCCCUUUAGAUUACUGCUGUCUUUAUCCACCUGCUGAAAAAUAAUGGAGUCAAGUCAGACAGAUCAGGUCUUUUACCAACUUUUCUUUGGCAAACUUGAUUGUAUAACUCACAUGUGCUUAUUGCUGUAAAACUGGAAGUUGAUUCAUCUCACUGUCUUGAUUUAUUUGGAGAUGGUUUGACUGCAGAAGAGUUUUGUGGCUCAGCUGGUGGAACGGGAGGCUUUUAGAUCAGCGUGACAGCUUUUUGUCCUAAAUAUAGGUUUUUGUCUCAUGAAGCAGCUUCUAAUAAAUCCAGUUUUUAUGCGUGUUGUAAAUCACUGGGGAUGCUGCACCGUAUAUUCAACAUCUGAGCAGGUGUAAGUCAGGAAUUUAGCUGCAGGCGUUCUGAUGGUAGUUAAACUGGAGAUGAUGACAGUGGUCCCAGAGGAGAAGGAGAAACCGUAUGGCCUAAAUACCGUCACAAUCUAAAUCUCAACUAACACUUCACAGCAACAGCAGGUCUCUCUGAGCUGUCAUCAUGUAGUCUGAUUAAUAGUAACAUAAUUACAAUAAUUAGAGAAUAAUGACCAAAUUAAAAUGCCACUUCAUGACUCUCAUUCCUUCAGAUUAUGUUCUGUGCUUCAGUCACGAGAUCAGUUGGUCAGCUGUGAGCACUAAAAACUGUGUAUGUGUAAAAUCUCUGAAGUUUAUGAGCGUUUAUUUCUACCAAAAAUUGAUCUAAGACCACACAAAUGUACAAAUGUAUCGCUAUUUUCUGACUCCAGAGUAUUUUCUCAGUUUGUUUAACAAGUGAAAUCAGUCGCUGGUGUCUCUUAUUUCUAAAAAGAACAUUUUUCAUGGCUGGUGUUUCCUCCAACAAAAGGAGAACGGCGCUCAUUUAGCCACACCACCCACACCUUCAUAGCUGCUAUUCACAAGCCUGUAUCUCAAAUUACAGUAUGUUAAGUGUAUUAAUAUAGGGUUACAGUACAUUAGAAGUUAUCUCAGAGCUCUUCACACAUAAAGCAGGUCUUUUUAGUAGUACUCAAAGUCAUGUAGCAACUCCCCAUUUAGCAGGAUAAUAUUCCAGGAUCAGGGUGGGCAACAUUGGAAAGUAAAAAACAGAGAAAAAGAGAAGGAAAAGGUAGAAAUGGUAUCAGUAGAGUUAAUUUAAUUGAACUUAAAUAAAAUAAUGAGGGCAGAAGAUGUCCUGAUGUUACAUAUUGUUACACAAAAGAGGAAAUUUCUUCACAACCCUUGAAGUCUGAAACACAUAAAUAAACUCCUGCGUUGAUGUUUUAUGUUCUUAAAUUUGACAGAAAGUUUUGACAUUUUUGAGCCAAUGCAUAUUGGUUCCAAAUGCUGGUUAUUUCUCAUUAACUACUAAUAAUUGGAAUUAGUCAGUAUCAGUCAAUCUCUAUAUACUGCUUUUGAGUGCACAUGAUAGCAAACACAACAGAGAAGCCAAAAAUAGUCACAAUUUUGAAUGCUAUAAACUGUCUAAGUAUGUCUAUCCUGAUAACAAAACACCCCUCUUCCCCACCUUUCAAGACUAAUUUUGAGGGAAGUACUUUUAGAAGACCAAACUUGUUUUAUAUGAAAAGCAAUUUUAAUUGAUGGAUAUUAUAGAGGGAAUUGUGACUCAAAAGAAAUUUAAAAGGUCUUAUGUGUGUCCAUGCUGCACCCAUAUAUACAAAGAAAGAACACAGAUCCACUUAUACUAGACUAACCUGAACCAGAUUAAUCUUUUGUAUUUCUGUGCUGUGAGCAGACCGGGACAUCUCUUUCAGGAUACCAUUGCUUCUAAUUGGACAUUUACAGUCAGCUAAUUGCAAAUACAGCCUCUGAUUGGCCAACAGGCAAAAACAAAGAAAGCAGCCUUUGUCUGGCAUACUGACCUAACAGAAACUGAACUAAAAUUAAUGCGUCACAGCCUGCCUCUUAACUUUGAGGGAUUGGAUCUAGUGAGUCACUGAAAAGUCCCUGGAUAAUCCAGACACACCCAAGGUUGUUACUAGGAAGCCACUGGUCUCACAUACUGAGUGGGUUUUACAGCAGAUCUCUGUGUUCUACCAUCUAUUGUCCAAGCUGAUAUUGUAAAAUCACCAAUAUUUAGUUGUAUACUGUACCAUAGACAGUGAAAUUACUAAAUCCCACUUUCUCCAGAUGUAUUUCAAGAGAAAAUUGCUGUCUUAUAUUAAAGUCAAUACAGAAUUUAACCCUGCUGCUUUAAUCUCUUCCCUUAAACAUUACAAAAAGUAAAAAUAAGACCCAAGAGUCCACAUCCUGAUCCAAUCAGAAGUCCCUGGUCAGUCCCAUACAGACUACAGCUCUGUACAUGUAUCAUGAAUAUGUUAAUUUAGGCUACUUCAGGGUUGUUUCCUGGAAGAUAUGUUUUAAUGCUGCUCUGCCUCAGGCCUGAGUGAUGUGGUCAUAGGUCACCUUGUUGUUUUGGAUUUAUAUCAACACUAAUGAGGGUUGCGUGCCAGGUGGGCCUUGUUUGCGUAAAAGGUAGUGUGUAUCUACUUCAAAAUCACAGAUGAUGGAAUUUGGAAUCAGAUGGUUAACAAAGACAGAAUAAUUGGGGAAGUGUAUCAGCACAUUUAUAGUACGUCUUAAUGCUUCUGUAGGAGGAGCUACUUUACAAGCCCUGGGUGUAAGAAUACAAUCUGUAAAACGGAAUUGCAGAAAAUUGUGAAUUUCUGCAGAAAAGAACGUUUAGAUCAAUCGAACAUGAUCAAAUCAAAUCAAACUUUAUUUAUAUAGCACUUUUCAUGCAAGUUGCAACACAAGGUGCUUUACAAAAAGAUAAAAACAAACAACUGACUUAUCAGAUUAUUUUUACACCUGCUACGUUAGCCUUAAGGUACAACUUAUCUGCACAGCUCGCCCAAAAGCCGAGGGAGUCAUGCAUAUUGAAGGUGCUGUGUUUACCUACAUGACUACCUUACCUUAAAAUAACAUCUGUCACGACACAUCAGACCAAUGAAGCUUAGUCAUACUGUAACUUUUGUUGCCUUGUUUAUUUUGCAAAUGUUUCAAUGAUAAUCUUAAUAGAAUAAAGAGUAUUGUCUGCGUAAAAUGGACUCAGAUUCAGCAACAAGAAAGCAUCCCAAAUAUUUAGCUAACAAUGCUUGCCAAAACUGAAAACCUGCUCUCCAUGUGUAAGAAUCUGUUUGACUGGCACAGCUAUGAAUCUACAGCAUGUGUUACUUAUUUAAACACAUGAAUCAAUUUUUUUUUAAUAUCAAAAAGCAAGACAACUCUUGGUCCAUGAUGUAGAGGUUUAUAUUUUUAAAGAUAAUGCAUGUAGUGAUAUAAACCACUGCCUUUGUUUUCUUCUGGAUGACUUUCCACUGUGCCUUUCUUGAUCAUUACCGCGGCAGCAGAACAAAGAGAUCCCUCAAAUACCAUCCUGCCUCAAACACAUUCCAGGCUCUAAAUUUAGCUUGAUAUAAACGGACUCUUUGACUGUCAUUUUAUAUAAAAUCACGGUCAGCUGGUCUCAUAUCUGCAGGGCUAAAAACAGAGCUCCAACACCAAGUGAUUGUGUCUUACUGAAUAUGUCUCUCCACAAUCUACAGUACAACAUCAUCUCCUCUCAAGGUUUUACUUCAAGAAAAAAAAAAGACUCAGUUACUAAAUUUCUGGGUACAGUUGACCUUUUAUAACCCCUAAACUUAAUCCUCAACCUCUUUAAGUAUUUCAUAGCUACCAUUUGUCUUUGUACAAGAAACAAGUAUAAUUAGUCAACGAAACAAUUCAAUGUUGACCAUAAUUAGAAGUUGGUUAUCAGAUUAGUAUUUUUAUUAUUUUGGGCCAAAAAUGCCUGUCAUAGUUGUGUCCAAGCAGCAGUAUAGCCACACACCUCUAGCUAGAGCAACUGCCAUUAUACCGUAAGGCUCUACUGGGAUGUAAACAAACUAAUGACGGAUGGUACCUCAUUGUGCAAUGAUGUUCACAUUCAAAAGUUCACAUUCAAACUGUGAUGAGCCAUUUGAACUCAUAAUAAUAUAGUACACCAGUGCACCUAAAGUGUCCAUCCACUGUAUGAUCCUGCAGAGGGAGCUCUUAGUGUAACCACCUACUUUUUACCUCAGUUAAUUAAUUGUAGUAAUUAAAUUUGAUAUAAAUGGAGGACAAGGUAAGGCAAAGCUGCACUUUGUGGACAAUCACGGCACUAAAACAUCUGGGAAGCACAGUGUUGAGGGCUGUAUGCUGACGACUAUCUUACUUAACAACGACAAAGUUUUUUGCUAACCUGAUGGCUUUCCAUCAAUGAUUACCCAAUUAGACACUGAUUGGAUAAAUCGUCAAGGUGGAUUGGUUGUAGUACAGGAAUCAUCAAUGACCACAAAUCAUUCACAUAGUUUUAGGUCUUCUUUUUAAACCUAAAAACAAACUUUCUAGACCUGAUUAUAUGGGCCCAAAAAGAUUGUAUCUUGCGUUUGACUCCCAGAUUUCAUUUGUGGCAACAUUGACUCGUAGUCCAAAUUGAUCAUAGUUUUUCAACGUUUUGUGAUGGUUGUAGCAUGUUUGUUGUACUUUGAGCUGCUGGAGAUACCUGUAUGAUGGCAAGACUUAAAAAAAAAAAAAAACAUGACAUAAGCUGAGAAAAAAACUCAAGGUCACAAAGCUUUACACUUUUGGGUCAUGAUAAAAAUCCUGUCUGAUACAAUUAGGUCCACUUGUUUGCCCGCUUUAACGAGUCCUGCAAUGCUCCCUUUAGGCGUGUAGAUUCUAAAAUGAAACGCACAUAAACAGGGUUGUAGAGAGAUGUGUUUUGCCUUCAGCUGGCUGCUUACUAUUCCACUAUUUGUCGGUCUCUCCCUCACUGUGUCUGACUUCCCACAUGAUCACAGCUUUGUUUUUGGGUCAGUUUCACAGUCACAGAAUAAUCUUUCGAGGACUGGCGAAAUCUGAUUUUGUUCAUCUGGUUGCUGUGCUGUAAGUUAUCCCUCUCAUAUCGUGCAGUAAGUCUUCCAAACUAAUUCCACAGCAGCUCAUUACGUGGCCUCGCAUCACUUCUUAUCUCACUGAGGCAGGAUGGGAAAUAAUCGUGUCAUAUAUUUUUUUUUAUUUCUCUCUAACCUAUCCCAAAGGUUUUCUCGUCUCGCGGCUUUCUCUUCAAACACAAAGCCGGUUUGUGCAGAAACUUUGACCUCUUUUUGACACCGUGUCAUUUUUUUUAGUCCUAAAAGAGGCUGUGUCAGAGGCGUACGUUUGACUCAAAUGCCCUGUGAGUGUGUGUGUGUGAGAGAGAGGAGACAAAUCUAGCGCAAAGCUGUAGUCCAUUGAUGUUACAGAGUAAUUUGUUCCCCUGUCAGUGCUCGCUCUGGAUCCGAGCGGGCGCUGAAGAGGACGAUGUUCACAAGGCAACCGAGUGCAGCGGAUACAGGCGGACCAUAUUUCUCCUUCCAAACUGUUGCCUCGCAAGCUGGCGUGUAAAAAAAAAAACACAUUUCUCUUAGCUGUCACAUACACAGACACAUAUGAACAAAAUAGCUGAGUCGCACAUGUACACACAUGCUGGCUACCACCCAAGUAAACAGGCAGGGCUGUCUGACAACAGGUCUAGACUAGAUUAGCGGAACAAUACGGGAUAAUUCUGCAAGGAUUUAAUAGAUUUAGGCUGAUAAAUUGUGUCACUUGAUCCUAAUCCGGCUGUCUGAUUAGUGUCUAUCUGCAUUUUGUGUGUACAUGAUCCCACAAUUAUGUGGCUGGGUCAAAAACAAACCAGCUUCCUGCAAUAAAACCCAGGUUUGCGAUACCUAUAGCUACACACAGAUGAAAAAUCUGAGUCUCUCACCUCCCUCCCGGCUCACAUAACAUCCACUUUUCUCAGAGGGAGAACUGACAGCUAAAAGGUUAGUUAAGUUCAAGACGCCCUCCUUAAAAUAGCCUCUUUUAUUCUGCUUUACUCCUGAAACUGCUUUUACUUUGGCGAGUCAACAGACAUCAGAGCAGGAGAGCUAUCAGGAGGGAGGAAAAACACUACUUUUGUGAACUCAAAGAGAAACAGAGAAGUCAGGAUCUGAGGCUUGAACUGGAAGCACCUUGACUAGAAAUGCUGUCAACAUUUCGCUGUAACCGAGUCUCAUUUUAGCAGGUGUGUUUUUAUUGUGUACCACACUCCUUAUAGUGCCUCUCUGUUUCUGUCUACCUGUCAGUCGUUGUAGUGCUCCUAACGUCCACUACAAAUCACAGUCUGAAGCUGCUUUGCUCUGAUAAAGCUAAAGUGGAGCCAAAUAAUGAACAAAGCCAGUUUUUCUAAAAACACACGCCUCCUUAACUGACAGCAAACAGAAUCCAAAUGAGAUGGCCACAAACCAAAAGCAACAUGAGGACACGGUGGAAAUAAGGACUAAUGACAAUCGUGUUUCAAUUCUCAGGAUAGUAAAUUUAAGUGUAAAAGGAGCAGAGUAUUCACGUCACAUUUUGUGUUAUUUUAUGUCAAUGCCAGGAUUAGAUGGCUUGUUCAAAUGCCAGCUGAGGCCUCAAAGGUGUCAUGUGAAAAUGUGAACCAGCUGUCACGUCUUUUUCUCCGUCUACCUGUUUUUCGAGUCUGUCUGCUGAGUCAACCUGUUUACCUCAGUCACUCUGUCUGCCUGUCACGGCCUGUCUGCUGUCACCGCGGCACACGUUCAAACAACCGCGCAAUAAAAAUCCGUCAUCAGUUUAAUGUGUUUGCCCCUGAAAUUGGUAGCUAUCAUCCAUCGACUGUAUGUUAAGAUGGACAGCAUGGUUCCACCUCCUUCCGCACAACUAAAGUAAAGCCAAAAUACUCCUUGUAAUGGUGGUGCUGAUGAGCUAAAAUUGUUGCAUAGGAUUCACCUUGUAGGGCUGUAAUUGCUGUUCUGACCCGUAGGCUAACAAUUACAGGUACUGUAUUUAACUCGUCAUAAGGUAAAGAUCCCUCAGGUCACUACAGUUACGGAAAGAAAUACAUUUUUUCUUGAUGUGUUUUGAUUGAUUUAUCGCCAUACCCCUUUUUGACAUAAAACAUCACGAUCAUCUGUUGAUGAUCUAAACUGGGGGGGGGGGGGGACAUGUUAGAAAAAAGUUAUUUGAUAUUAGUUAUAAAUUUAGAGGUUCAACAUGUUGCCCAUCUGAAAAGAUGUAGGUUUUGAUGAGUUAGGGUUACGGCUAAAACCUGCAGGAUCCAGAACUGCAGCGCUCCGAUCCGGAACGACAAGCAGAUCAAAUACACAAGCAUUAUAAUCAAUGUGUGUGAUUCCACACAAUCCACACACAGUCUGGCUCCGCUGCAGAUCGGCUCCGGUGGUCAGACCAGAUGCGCAAGGUUUCUAUUUUUGCCGGAUGCCGCAGCACAGUGCAUCAAUUCAGUGCAGCGCGAGCAGCAGUGGAAGUUGUAUGCAGCUACAGAGUAAAAAUCAGUAAAUUUUCCAAAUAAAAUAAAGUCAAUAUGUUUAACUGUUCUUUAUUUAACAAUGGGAGAGGCUAAGGUUGUGGGAUGUGGGUGUUUAUAUACACCGCCGAUGUCAUUUGAUCGAUCGAAACAUAGUCGAUUUUUCUAAAGUUUUGCAUACUGUGUGUCCACUUCUGACCAAUCAGAUUUCGUGUUGUUGCAACGUCAGAUUCACCGGUAUAUCCAACAUGGCCAACCGGCUGAUUGUUUAUGAUCGUUUACACACAUAUUACAAAGAUAACGACCUGAAGGACAACUUGUGGAGAGUCAUAGCGUCAGAUUUGUGAUAUGACGAUGUUUUGUUAGCUUUAACAAUUUGCUAAACGUAUUUGUUUUAACUUUCAUCUGUGCUAACGUAAGCUAACGGUUGUUACCAUAGUUUCAUGUGCUUAUCUGGUUCUGGCCCCGACUCAGUACAUGCUAUCUUGACAAAAAGCCAUCUCAACACUAGAGUCUAGUCCUCUGCCUCUUCAAACUUGGAGCUAAUUGUUUCAGCAGAACUUCAAAUUGUCCAAUGGACAUCUGAAAAUAGGUUCUGAAGCGACCGUGGUACAGUUUCAGCUCCUGAAUCAAGCAGUGAAACUCCCAAGUUCUCUAAUUUUUUGUAAUAUUGGAUGCACCCAUGUGCUAAGUUUCUUUUUCUUUUGAGAAAGCAAAAGGAGUACCAAUUCACCAUCACUUAAAGUUGAAGUAGACUUUAUUUUUGUUUUCUCACUUGCACCCGGGGGAUGGUAAGGGAAGGUCCCGCCCUCCUUCGCCUCUGAUUGGCUGACCGUUUGGCUUGAGCGUGUGAUGAUGUUUCCAGCUUUUCUAGCAAAUCAGAGGCAACGGAAGCAGGACUUUUCCCCGGAACAGUCUUCCCCUGGAUGCCUCUUUUUCCCCCAGAAAGUCGCAUCGGGCUUGAUGUGAAUAGUCAGGCGCGUCAAAAUUCGCCUCCGAAUAUUUCGUGAUUUCGCGUUCUAUAUUCGCGUCGACCCCGGUGUGUAAGGACCUUUAGGGUUAAAACCGACUCACAAAUACGUAUUUGUAAGACUGUAUCAGAUUUUUGUUGUUUAGACUUUGCAAAACUAAUUUCCUUUCAACUGUCUUUUUGUCCUGCAGCGUCCCCAUCAUGCCCACGCUCUUUUCGACUUCAACCCACACCACCCCUCCCAGCUGCGCUUCCUACGCGGUGAUGUCAUCGAACUCAUGGACUGCUCUGACUCGCUGCGCUGGAGAGGUCGAUGUCACGGACACGUAGGCUACUUCCCCCCGGAGUAUGUCCAACCUAUUUAUCACUGCCAGUGACCAAACCAACACCCUACCACCGCCUCCGAGGUUCAUCAAUGAGCCGUCUGGACCAUGACCUUCACACUGCUCACCUGCUCUGCACCUGACCGUACAUAUUUGGAGCAGAAAAAAACUGACAACCUGCAAACUGAACAGCUCAGACGGUUUCUGAUCCUACCACUUUCCUGUGACACCACCUGUCAAUCACAAGCCCUGCCCUAUCAGCUGCUUUAAGCUAAUAGAUCGCUUCGACCUCAUCCCACAGCUCCACUUCUCCAACUUACGGACGCAGACACUGUGGAGAAUUCACACAUACAGGCACAUAUAAACCUCCAUACACAUACUCCCAGGAAUGAUCAUCUAUUACAGUUUUUAUUUAAGCUCUGGUUCAGGCUAACUACACAAAACACAUACCUACCUGAUGGCAAAAAAUUAAACUCUGUGAGGUUGUUUGGGGAAAGAAGUUUUCCUCUCUGCAGAUGAGUGAAGAUUUGUCCCACUUCUUAACUGCCGUUCCCACACGGAGAUGUGAUGAGCUGAUUGGAGAGACUGCGUUAUGAACAUUUCAGCUCUGAGGAAAGCAACACAGCAGAUUCAUCCCUAGCUGGGCUGGUGUGAAAAGUGUGUGUGCUGAGGUGUUCACGUGCAUAUCAUGGGUCUUAACCCGCAAACUUUAUUUAUGUGUUUUGUUUAGUAUGUGCUGAUGGGGAGGUGGAUGCAUGCGAAGGUGAGUUUGUCAGUGUUGGUUGGUGCGAGUGCGAGUACAGCCCUUUUGUCUGUGGUGAGUUUGAUGAGCACUGCCCAACCCCAGAUGAUGCUUUGUGUUAAAUGCACAGCUUCAAAUGUAAUACCCUCAACUGAGUACAUGAGUCAUUUGUUUGUUUCAUUGUAUUUAUUCUUAUUCAUGAGUAAUCUCAAAACAUAUACUACACAAAAGACUUGCCUAUGUAAAAAGGUCUUCUUUCUGUUGUAACAGAUUCUUUAUGAAAUCCACAUUUUAUGUGAUGAACAGUACAAACUUCGACCAGUCUUCCUGAUCCUGUAAUAACAAAUCAUUUAAAUAAAGUGAGACAUUUACCUCUUUCAGCUUUGA